AUGGAUCAACGUGUACAGAUGGAUUACUGGGACGUUGCAUGGCGAGGCUACAAGGAAGACAAGAACACGUCUCUAUUCUGCGAGACACAUCCUUUCACGUUAAACUCGCACGGGUCUCCACCAUAUCAGGGACGCCCCUGCAUAUAUUUCCCUGAUGAUAGCCGACCAAAGAUCGCGGAGACACUGGGGGCUUUCGGGUUCCUUUUAUAUUGGUUCCUGAAAGGUGUCACAAUGGAUGCUGGAACUGGAUUGAAGAUGGGGAAAAAAGCUAGUGUGAUUGGGUUCACUACAAUGUUCGUACCCUUGAUAUGUGGCAACAUCAUGUUUAGAUUGAGAAAACGAAGAGGCAAUGUAACCUUGCUGACGAUGGAAUACAGGUUGCUCAUGUUCUUGCAAAGCAUAUCCGCAUUCACAAGCAUUGACACACUCCUAAGAGACCUCAAGAUCAAACACUCGGAGUUUGGACGGAUAGCACUUUCGGGUGCCAUGGUGAGUGACAUGUUGGCUUUUGUUACAACGUUUUUGAAUGCCAUGCACUGGGAAGGAUAUGACGGAUUGGUCCAAACCAUAUUUAGCUGCUUCUUUUUUGCCUUUCUGGUAUAUGUGGUGAGGCCAGCUAUGUACUGGGUGAUCAAGCAGACUCCAGAAGGGAGGCCGGUCAAGGAUAUUUAUAUCUACUUGAUUUUGGCGCUCGCUUUCUUCUCAUUCCAAUAUUUUAAGAUGAUUGGUCUUUUUGGACCCGCAGGAUCGUUUGUUCUUGGCUUGGCUGUUCCCCAUGGAUAUCCUUUAGGUUCAACUUUUGUUCAAAAGUUUGAGAGCUUUAAUCUUGGAGUCAUCUUUCCUCUCUUUGGAUCAUUAACCAUGAUGCAACUGGAUCUCCCAUGGUUAUUUAAAGAGUGUGGAAAUCUUGUACGGAUGGAGGGCCAGCUAUAUGAGGCCGUUUCCCUUAUUCUUUUUGUGACUAUCACAAAAUUCAUUGCUUCCACCAUAGCUGCGUAUGCUUUUAAAAUGCCAUUAAGAGACUCUUUUGCUCUAGCUCUUGUUUAUAAUAACAAGGGGGUUUUCGAGCUCUCCUACUUCGCGUAUGCUGUUGAAAUAAAGAAAGUAACACCAGAAGUUUUCACAAUCAUAGCUACAUUCAUCUUCUUAAACUCGUUCUUCAUACCAAUGGCCUUGGAGCUCGUCCAUGACCCAACCGAAAGAUUCAAAUGCUACCAAAAAAGGAAUAUGGUAAUUUUGAAAGACGGUGCAGAGCUCCAAUCUCUUGUGUGCAUCUACAAACCUGAUCACAUAACUUCUAUGAUCAGCCUUUCAGGAGCUUUCAACCCAUCAGAAGAUUCUCCAAUGGCAUGCAAUGUACUCCACCUCAUCGAACUUAUGGGUCAAGCAAGUCCUAUGUUCAUUUCCCACCAGUUGCAACAACCAGAGCCCGGAAGUAUUUCUUGUUCCGAUAGCGUUAUAAGUUCAUUCCGUCGCUUCCACAAACAAUUCUUUGAAUAUAUAUCAUUGAAUAUUUUCACUUCAGUCUCUAUAUACAAACAGAUGCAUGAGGAUAUCUGUUGGCUAGCUCUAUCUAGAAGCCUAUAUCUGAUUCUGCUUCCUUUCCACCGUACCUGGUCUGUUGAUCGCUCCACGGUUAUCUCCAACGAUGAUAAGCUGAGAAUGAUCAACAUUAACGUCUUAAGACGAGCCCCGUGCUCUGUUGGAAUCUUUAUCUAUCGCAAACCCAUCGUGGAACAUCAUAUGACUGAGUAUCACAGCAAGUUUUUGGGUGUUCGCAUGUACAAUUUUGUUUGCAAUGCACGUGAAAAUGAAAAAAAGGCUAGUGUAUAA